AUGGCUGAAGCUGGAGACAGUGUCUUGAGCGCUACGAGCGGGUUCGAUAGUCCAGACGAAUCCUACGAUGAUAUUAUGCAUUAUUUCGUCCACGAAGGGGUCCGUCUACCACCAUUUUGUCGUGGCAAGAUGGAAGAUAUCUUGAAUUUUCCAGUAAGAAAGGACGAUCUUUGGAUUGUCACAUACCCGAAAUCAGGUUUAUGGGCCCAGGAUCUCGUUUAUUUAAUAAGCAAAGGAGGUAAAUUAGAAGAAGUUGACUUAGAUCUUGAAACAGUAGAAGACUCCGUUCCGUAUCUGGAAUAUCCAAGUCCUGGAUUGGAAGCAUUACAUGCCAUGAAGUCGCCACGACUCAUAAAGUCACAUCUUCCAUAUAAGCUACUUCCAUUGGGUGUCCGACAAAACCAUUGUAAGGUGAUUUAUGUGUCUCGUAAUCCAAAGGACGUUAUGUGUUCUUUUUAUGAUUUUCAUCGUAUGGUUCGAAUGGUGAAUUACAAAGGCACAUUCAACCAGUUCUUCCAUCGCUUUCUGAAUAAUAAAUUGGCUUAUGGUUCUUACUUUGACCAUACACUUGACUGGUGGAAUCAUAAAGAUGACAAACACAUAAUGUUUAUUAAAUAUGAAGACUUGAAAAAGAAUUUGGCUGUCACAGUUGAUAAGAUAUCUUGUUUUAUGGGAGUAAGCUUAUCCAGUGACUUGGUUGAACAGAUAGUUGAAUACUGGGGCUCUGUAACCCAAUAUAACAGACGUGAGGACAGGGUUGGGUACUGGAAGAAUAUGUUCACAGUUGCAAUGAAUGAGAAGUUUGAACGAGUUCAACCAGUGAAAAUGAAAGAUGUUGGUUUACACUUCGACUUUGGUGAAUGUUAUUAA